AUGUCUGAUUUCGAAGUCGAACCAAGCCUUAAAGAUAUAGUGACCCACGAAAGUCUGAAAUGGAUUUUCGUCGGUGGAAAGGGAGGUGUCGGUAAAACGACGACAUCCUCGUCCAUUGCCAUCCAACUUGCCCUCCAUAAUCCAGCCAAGAACUACCUGCUUAUUUCGACCGAUCCUGCCCACAACUUGUCUGACGCGUUCGAUCAAAAGUUUGGCAAGGACGCCAGAGUUGUGGAUGGUAUCUCUAAUCUGUCGUGCAUGGAGAUCGAUCCGUCUUCAUCAUUGGAGGAAUUCAUUGCCAACAACGGUUCUGGUAUGGACCAGAACGAUCCACUGAAUGGCAUGAUGAGCGAAGUCACAGGCUCUAUUCCAGGUAUUGACGAGGCGUUCUCAUUCAUGGAGGUCCUGAAGCAUAUCAAGAAUCAGAAAAACGAAGAUUCGUCGGUGAUCAAGUACGACACUAUUGUUUUUGAUACUGCUCCUACUGGACACACGUUGAGGUUCCUGCAACUGCCAUCCACAUUGGAAAAAUUACUGGGUAAAUUUAACGAAAUCAGUGGGAGAUUAGGACCGCUACUCAACAUGAUGGGUGGAGACCAAAAGACUGAAAUGUUCAACAAGCUAGCCGAGAUCAAGACGCAGGUGACUGAGGUGAACAAGCAAUUCCAGGAUCCUGACCUCACUACAUUUGUCUGUGUGUGUAUCUCGGAGUUUUUGUCGCUAUAUGAGACUGAAAGACUCAUUCAAGAUUUGACCAAAUACCAUAUGGACGUCAACUCGAUUGUGGUGAACCAGUUGUUGUUCGCAGAUGACGAUCAAUGCAAGCGUUGUCAGUCCAGAUGGAAGAUGCAACGCAAGUACCUCGACCAGAUGGACGAGCUCUAUGAGGACUACCAUCUUGUCAAGAUGCCUCUACUGGGUAAUGAGAUCCGUGGUGUUCAUAACUUGAAGCUGUUUUCCAAGUUUCUAAUUGAACCAUACGAUCCUAAGGCCCACAAGGAUGUUGUUUUUUCGUUGGAAGAGAGAUAG